AUGAAUAAUCUGUCAAUCAAUGUCUAUAGCGAGAAGGAGGAAGUCAUUCUACCAGUCCGCCUCAAUUCUGAUGGGCACAAGAAAUACAUCUGUGAUCGAUGCCUUCAUUACUUCCCAACCAUUGAUAAGCUGCAGUUCCAUGAGGUGGAUUGUGGCGUUAUCAACGAUUGUGCCGUUCGACUACCAGCUGAGAACGACAAAUGGUUGGAGUUUACAAAUGCCAAUCGGAAGGAGCGUCUCCCGUUCGUGGUAUAUGCCGACGUCGAAUGUAUCCUGGAGAAGACCAGCGCUGAAGAGAGGGAAAAAAAUAAAAGCCAACAUCAUCGUGUCUUCAGCGUUGGAUAUUAUGUAAAGUGCUCUUACGAUGAUUCGCUGUCGGGAUAUCACGAGCGCCGAGGUGAGGACUGCGUGGAAUGGCAAGGAAGAGUUGAGAAAAAAAAUAAACAAGAAGAAAGAAAAGCAGAUAUGUCGGAAGAUGAAAUUUCUGAUUCGCAAUAUGCAAAUCCUGGAACUCCGCCCGAUUUGCAAAAAACCUACAAUGAAUCGAAAAGAAAUUUGCUUCCCACCAAAUCGGGGGACCUGUACACAAAGGCCUAUGAUAAUUUUGUUAAAUGGCAAAAAGACCGAAAAACUAAUUCGACAUCAGUUCGUGUGCUAUUGACAUACUUUAGUGAAAUGUCGGAGACGCGUGCACCAUCGACAUUGUGGAGUGAAUACAGCAAAUUAAAAAGUACCAUCAAAAUCCAUCAAGGAGUCGAUAUUGGCACCUACAGUGAACUAAUUGCUUUCCUGAAGAAAAAAUCCAAAGGAUAUGAGACGAAAAAAGCUCCUGCCCUUACUGGACUUCAUGUAGAGGACUUUUUGGUUAAUGCAGAUGACUCACGAUACUUGUUUGAAAAGGUAGCAUUGACCCUUGGAAUUUUGGGCGCUUACAGAAGAGAAGAGUUGACAAAUAUGCGAACAGUUGAUUUAGAAAUUUUCUACUCAGAUAAAGACCGAGAGAAAAAAAUUCCCAUGAUGCUCAUUCAGAUUCCAUUCUCGAAAAAUGGAAAAGCCAGGUCCUUUGUGGUAAAAGAUGGAUUCUAUCAGAUCGUACAACGCUACAUCAAACUUCGUCCAAGCAAUGUUCCCCACCAACGGUUCUUCAUAAAUUACCAAAAUGGUAAAUGCACGAAGCAAGCUAUUGGUAUCAAUAAAAUGGGAAAAGUACCCUUCAUUAUUGCUCAGUUCUUGGGACUACCAAAUCCUGAACGUUAUACGAGUCAUACCAUUCGUCACACUGGAGCAUCCCUAUUUGUUGAGGGCGGGGGUAAUAUGGAAGAUUUAAAAAGGCUUGGUGGAUGGAAGAGCGAUACUGCAGCCUCAGGAUACAUCACUCACUCGAAAUCUAGUAAAGAAAAAAUCUGCGAAAAAAUCACAAGUGCAAUAAUUUUGCCUAGCACAAGUUUUGAAUCGAAACCAAGUGGAUCUUCACCCAGAACACUUCUUACGAAGGCUUCGAAUGGUUCUAACUCUGAACUGACUUCGUCUAGAUCAUCCCCAGUAGCACCACCCAUGGAGGCCAUUGCUGGCUCGAGCUCAAGAAAUAUAUCACUGGGGAAACAAAUAGUAUCAAGUGUAUCUGAUAAAGAGAACGUUGUACCGAUUGAACUUCAGACAGCUCGUCCGGGGAUCACGUUGAGCAUCAAUGAUUGCACAAAUUGCACCUUCCAUAUCGAGGAAAAAAAAAUGCCUAAAAUCAAAUCAAUUUUAUUGCAUCCUCAAUUAUGUGGGAAUAUUUCAAAAACUAAGCAAGAUAGAGUAAUUGUUGAGGCAAAAUCACCCUAUCUCGUUUCGCUUCCAAGUUAUUCUCAAAAAAAUUGGUAA